AUGACUGAAGAACACAUCGUUCCUCCACCAGAACAACUCGAGCGCGUACAUUAUCCCGAGUUUUCCGAGAUGCCAUCAACCAAAGAAGGCCGAGUGACCAAGCUCAGAUCGCGACAAUCUCAAUCGACCACCAAGCGCGUCAAGCCCAAAAGCUUACCACUGGUUGAACGCACCAACGCGUUAUCAAUCGAAGAUUUCGUCACCAAAUACAUAACCCCGCCCACACCAGGCCUACCAGAGCCCAGAUCUAACGACUUUGAACUCAAAACAAAUGCAUCCGACACACCCAUCUAUGCAUACUCCGCCGCGACAAUCAGCACCACCGACCUAGAAGCCUGCCUCAACCUAAUAGAACUGACAUCCGGCUCAGCCUACGCCGCCUCCGGCGGAGGCUGGUCACGAACGGCAAAGCGCAAAGAAAUGAAACUUCCCGACAUGAAAUAUCUAAUCGUGCGGAGUCCUUCCGGGGGACCCAACACAGACAAGCCGGAUUCUCCGGAUGCCGUGCUGGGGUUCUUAUCGUUUAUGGUAACCUACGAGGACGGGAAGGAGGUUGUCUACUGUUACGAAAUUCACUUGUCGGAAAAUGCUCGGGGAAAGGGACUGGGUAAAUUGCUUAUGGGGAAGAUGGAGGAGGUUGGGCGGCGGAUUGGCUUGGAGAAAGCUAUGUUGACCGUUUUCAAGUCUAAUGAGAUAGCCAGGGAAUUCUAUCAGAGGAACGGGUAUGUCGUUGACGAGUACUCGCCUCAGCCACGAAGGUUGAGGAAUGGGACGGUCAAGGAGUUUGGAUAUGAGAUUUUGUCUAAGUGUUUGAAGUAG